UGUGGACGGAGAGGUGAAGUAAGAAAAAGGGAUAUGGGACCGUGGCAACAUUUCUUAGGAUAAUCGUGUGUGAGAAAGCGAUUGCAGAACGUUGGUUUGGGUUGUAAAAUACCCCAUUUCAUUCUCGAACGGACACACUUGGGUAUAAAACAAAGUACUAAAUCAAUGUUAGCGAGGCAAGCUGCCUUCGCUGCGGGAGAUGCGCGUGAGCACAAUGGGAGACAUCGCAAUAGGAGGAAUACAGUGUUGCAAUGACAUUGUUCUACAAUGAUGUGAAUACUGUCGUGGUGCACUUUUAAACAGUAAUAAACGGACUCUCUCCUGCUGGACACCGAUGUUCUAAUCCCGUGACAACAAUUAUCCUACUUUGGAGUCGAUCCUGGUUCGGGAUGGAACCGUGAGCAUUUUUGCACCAGCGAUGCAUUUUUAGAGGAAGCGAGAGAAGCCGGACAUGCGCUAAAUGAAGACGCUGUUCUUGUUUUGCUUUUUUGGUGGCUACAGUCAUUUGUUGCCUAUUUACAAAUCCACUGGGAUUUGAAAAUACAUUUUUUUCCGGCGUCGGUUUCUUGUGCCUCCCAUGCCUUUCGAUACGUAGCCUAAAUUGUUUUAUAUUUAAUAUGUAAUCAUUGUAUUAUAUUGCUAAUAUAAAGAAAGUGCUAUUACAAAUAACCACUUUUACUACACUAUAUCAAAGGAUGCUUAGACCUAAUUUGUCCAUUCAAUGUAAUGUCUAGCAGACUCAAAUAGCCUAUUCAGUAGACCGUAUUUCAAUUCAUGUCUCUAGAGAAUGUACCUUCUUGACGGUAAUUACGAAAGGAUGGAGCGGGGAACACCUCAAAGAAAAACCGUGUAUCGGAUCUCUCUCACCUUGGUUAAGAAGGAGAGCUUGGAAGAGGAGGAGGGUUGCAGUGGGAUCUCGGAACCGCGCCGUGUGGAGAACCCUAAAGUUGGCCCUUACCGUCGCGAGGGCUCCUCGGAGAUCCAGAGGAGUUGUCUUCUCGAGGAGCUGAAAGAAGUCGAGGACGAGAACGACGAGUUCCACUCUCACAACAGCUACAUGAGGAAUUUCAGGACAUUUAGCACCGGGCAGUUGGAACUUGGGAGGCUUAAAAUGAAAAAGAAAGCACAUCUUUUGCGUAAAGAUUUGAAGGAAAUCACCACAAGCCCCUCCACAGAGCAUGACAACAACAGUCUGGCCUUGGAGCAUCCCAUGUCACCACAGAGCCAGAAUACAUCUUCAGAGGUAAGUUGGACACAAGAUGGAACGGAAACGGACUCUACGCUUAAGGGGGAUAUUUGCUCUGAGACCGAAAAACCCUUAAGGACAACUGCUGCCAACAAAGACAAUGGGAUUGCUAAUACUAAGAAAAGACUUCUUAAAGCCAAAAGCACUGAGGAGAGGGUCAGUGAUGCUUCAACCAAUGGCGAAGAGGGGAAGGACAAGUCAGGCUUGUCCAAGAGCAACGGCAAAGCUUCCAUGGCACCUCCGGAGACCCCACCACUGAAGAGGCACCCCAGCCUGCUUCGCAGGAGCUUCAGCUUCCGACACUGGACGGGCGGCGAGCUGCUUCGCAUCCGGGCCCUCUCCAAAGACAAGCACCACAGCAGCUCCGGGUGCAUCGGGCGUGGUGACGGCACCACUGGGGCGACCGGCGACGACCAGGCGACCAAGACCCAUUUGACAGUCCUCCAGAACCCGGCAUACGAAGAGACUGGGACACCCAAGCGAAACACGCUCGAAGUGGGGGCCGUGCUCAACAAGACCGACUCCAUGACGGAGCUCAGCCGCUGGGAGCGUGCCAAGGGGAAGAACCGCACCCUGGACAACAGCGACCUGCUCACCCUCUCCACAAAGAGCGUGUCGGAGAAGGAGGGUUUCUUGCGCGGCGCCGGCUCCCGCGGCUCGGACCGUCGGCUCGUGCGGUUCUUCAGCGGGAUCUUCUCCAGGAGGGACGGGGGGGUGGUGUCCACGUCCACUCCUGUGGGGAGCCCCAUCACCAAUCGCUCCCUGAGGAAGGGGAAGAGGAGCAGUCCCAUGGCUUACUCCCAGUCCAGCUCAGAGAGUGUGAACGGAGGUGGUCUGCUGUCAGACGAUGCCUUCGUGAAUAGCCAAGAGUGGACCCUGAGUCGAUCGGUACCAGAACUGAAAGUGGGCAUUGUGGGUAACCUGGCCAGCGGGAAGUCGGCGCUGGUCCACCGGUACCUGACCGGGACAUACGUACAGGAGGAGUCUCCAGAAGCUGACGUGGAUGCAGGCGGGCGUUUUAAGAAGGAGAUCGUGGUGGACGGACAGAGCAACCUGCUGCUAAUCCGAGAUGAAGGGGGCCCCCCAGAGGCUCAGUUUGCGUUGUGGGUGGACGCUGUGAUCUUUGUGUUCAGUCUGGAGGACGAGAUCAGUUUCCAGACAGUGUACCACUACUACAGUCGCCUGGCUAAUUACCGCAACACUGCCGACGUACCUCUGGUUCUGGUGGGGACCCAAGAUGCCAUCAGCUCAGCCAAUCCCCGAGUGAUUGAUGACACCAGGGCGCGCAAACUGUCCAACGACCUGAAGCGCUGCACCUACUAUGAGACCUGUGCCACCUACGGGCUGAACGUGGAGCGGGUGUUCCAGGACGUCGCUCAGAAGAUCGUGGCGACCAGGAAGAAACAGCAGCUUUCCAUUGGUCCGUGCAAGUCCCUCCCCAACUCCCCUAGCCACACCUCUGUGUGCUCUGCUCAGGUGGCUGCAGCAGUGCACAUCAGCCAGCAGACCAGUAAUGGCGGCGGCAGCCUGAGUGACUACUCCUCGUCAGUCCCCUCCACCCCCAGCACCAGUCAGAAGGAGCUCCGCAUUGACGUCCCCCAGACCAACACCCCCACUCCCGUUCGCAAGCAGUCCAAACGCCGCUCCAAUCUCUUCACCUCUCGGAAGGCCAGCGAGCCAGACAAGGACAAGAAAGGACCGGAGGGCCGAGCGGACAGCAUUGGAAGCGGCCGUGCUAUCCCAAUUAAGCAGGGCAUGCUCCUGAAGAGAAGUGGCAAGACGCUGAACAAGGAGUGGAAGAAGAAGUACGUGACGCUCUGCGACAAUGGCCUGCUCACCUACCACCCGAGCCUGCACGAUUACAUGCAGAACAUCCACGGGAAGGAGAUCGACCUGCUGAGGACCACGGUGAAGGUCCCAGGGAAGAGGCCUCCCAGAGCGGUGUCUACCUGCGCUGCCGUCCCCAGCCCCAAGACCAACGGCCUGGCCAAAGACAUGAGCUGUCUGCAGCUGGGACCUGGUGGACCUGGUGGACCUGGUGUCGUGACCAGCAGUUCUUCUGCGUCUCAGAUGGCCAGUGGGAUCAGCUUGGUGUCUUUUAACAGUCGAGGUGACGGAAUGCACCAGAGGUCGUACUCCGUCUCCUCUGCCGACCAAUGGAGCGAGGCCACCGUCAUUGCCAACUCCGGAGUCAGCACAGACACGGGCCUGGGCGACUCCGUGUGCUCCAGUCCCUCCAUCUCCAGCACCACCAGCCCGAAGAUGGACCCGCCCCCGUCGCCGCAUGCCAACCGGAAGAAGCACCGGCGGAAGAAGAGCACGAGCAACUUCAAAGUCGACGGCCUCUCUGGUACUGCGGAAGCCAAUCGCAAAGCCUGGAAACUUAACCGUGUCGGUAGUCUGCGCAGCAUGUACAGCAGCAGUGUCAGCCACUCGGAAGAACAAGAGGAGAACUUUGAGUUGACCAUUGUGUCCCUGACCGGCCAGACGUGGCACUUUGAAGCCACCUCGUACGAGGAGCGAGACGCCUGGGUUCAGGCCAUCGAGAGCCAGAUCCUAGCCAGCUUGCAGUCCUGUGAGAGCAGCAAGGCAAAGUCGCGUCUGACCAGCCAGAGCGAGGCCAUCGCGUUGCAGAACGUCAGGAGUCUCAGGGGAAACUCUCGCUGUGUGGACUGUGAGGCCCAGAACCCCGACUGGGCCAGUCUUAAUCUGGGGGCUCUGAUCUGCAUCGAGUGCUCGGGAAUCCACCGGAAUUUGGGGACUCACCUGUCUCGGGUCCGCUCCCUAGACCUGGACGAGUGGCCCCUGGAGCUCCUCAAGGUCAUGUCCUCCAUCGGCAACGAGCUGGCCAACAGCGUGUGGGAGGGCAACGCACAGGGACGCCUGAAACCGGCGCCUGACGCCACCAGGGAGGAGCGCGAGCGCUGGAUCCGGGCCAAGUACGAGCAGCGGCUGUUCCUGGCGUCACUGGCCGGGGCUGAACUGUCCCUGGGCCAGCAGCUCCUGAGGGCCACAGCCGAGGAGGACCUUCGCGCUGUCAUCCUUCUACUGGCCCACGGCUCCCGGGAGCAGGUCAACGAGACGUGCGGCGAGGGCGACGGGCGCACCGCCCUGCACCUGGCCUGCCGCAAGGGCAACGUGGUCAUCACGCAGCUUCUCAUCUGGUACGGCGUGGACCUGAUGGCGAGGGAUGCCCACGGGAACAGUGCGCUGGCGUACGCGCGGCAGGCCAACAGCCAGGAGUGCGUAGACACGCUCCUUCAGUACGGCUGUCCGGACGACCGCUUCCCCCUCAUGGCCACGCCCAACCUGUCCCGACGCAACACCAACCGCAACAACAGCUGCAGCAGUGCGGGCAGCGCCGCGCUCAUAUAGACACUACACCUGCCCCCAGCACGGCCCUUUCAGGAAGCCUCCGGUACUGCAACUCGCAGACUAUCCACAGGCAAAACACACACAUGUACAUAUUUCACGCAAUGGAAACUGAAGAAGGAAAAACAAAAAAAGAACUGUGACAUUGUAUGCAUAUUACACGCGCUCAGACUAAUGAAAACAAUGAGUCAUUUUGACCAGUAAGAGACUUGGAAGAGAGCCUGAAUUGGGAAAAACGGCUGAACUCUUUUCUUUUUUGGGAACCACUACUCGGGCACUCUCACCUUCGACACCCAGUUGCCCCCCUACCACAGAAACACUCCACUGUGCCACUAAUCUCUGUCAGACAACACUAGUGCUCUGGUUGUAGUAGAACGGAUGACGUUUCAAUGGAACCCUGCUGCUCUCUACCCCCUUAUCUCCAUGACAAUAGUUUUUUUUUGGGAGAGCUUCAGUCCAACUGUUCAAUUCCUCACCAGACCUGCCCUUCCCCGUAGGCAUUAAGUGGCUUGUCUCCGCUUCCGGGUGGAGUUGGGUGACCCUCCGCCCCGCUGCUAGCUGCCUGGCUGCAUGCGGCCCUAAGCAUGAUGGGACAUGGGGAGGAAGCGCUUACAUCACAUGACAAGCGGUGACGCCUCUUCUACACCUGACUGCAAUUUGCUCCAAGCUUGAAGGGAAACAGUGCCCCGCGGUUUUGGAAAGAUGCUCUGUGUUUGAUGAGGCCCUCUGCAGCAUGUUGGAGGGGAGGUGCUGUUGGAGAAAGCUUGUUCUCCUGGCAUGAAACCCGUGGAGAACCGCUAUGAAAACGAUCAACAGAACUUUACGCUGAAGCUUACUGCCCAUCGCCUCUCCCUUUUUCUCGGUAUCUUCUUCCCACAACACUCCCAUCAAGUGUUUGCACCUCUUUCUUCUUCACUAAAUGAUGUGACUUCUCCCUAACCUCCUCAGUUUUUACCAAAUGUGGAAGAACAAAUAAUAUCCUCUGAAAGUAUACAUAUUUUAAGGACAAAAAAAAUCUAAACAAUGGGAUAUUUCUUAGAAAUGAAACAAAAAAAAGUGAUGGCAUGUCAUGAAUACUUUCUGCAGUUGUUCUUUUUUAAAAGAGGGUACUUCAUUAUGCCUGAAUUGUGUAUAUCAUAUUGUGCAUUUCUGGACCAUUAGAAUCAUUGUAGUAAAUGUUUAUCUGUCAAUUCCACGUUAUAGUCUUGCCCCCAACUCUUCCACUAGCCUCAUCGCGGUCGUUUGAUUAUUACUUUUGAAUCAUUCUGCAUAUCUCCACUUCAGAGCAGUCUACAAUAAGGGCAUUUAUUACCAGCCUCCAAUGUCAUGAAAUCAGUGACAGAAACAUGAUCUGGAUCUUCAUACCCACUGUGGGCUCGUCCGGCAUGGGAACUAAGGGGAACUUCUUUUUAGUAUGGUUUUUAUUCCUCUCUUGCAUUCUGCCUCUCCCCUCGGUUUUAUCGGGUCGGCAAAUCUACCUUAUCUGCCGUUUCAGCUGUAAACGUGUGGAUAAUGUAUUGUUGCUUGGUGACAGAGGAUGGAGGGACCCGUGACUAUCAUUACCUCAUUGAUUACUAAUGUGUGCUGCAUGUAUCAGGCAUCAGGUCCAUAGUUCCAUUACCUUCCAUUGAUCUGCCCAGGGUCCAGGAGAAGCCCAGCACUAUUUCUACUAGAUAGGCUCACUGUUGUCCAAUCUAUUUCAGGUCAUCAGAGAUGUUCGUCUGACAGUUCGGCCAGUUGACUCUCUGACUUUGGAGGAUAAUUAUCAUAUGAUGGAUCAAGUACAUUCACUUGAUUGGAUUGUUCUGAUUUGGAGAACAGUUCCCAAUUUGGCCCCAUAUCUUUGCCUGACCACCUAUAUCUAGGGUCUACUAGUUUUGAAAUACUAGUUAUUGUUACUAUUACAUAGAACCUACUAGUUAUUAGUUACUAGUUAGGUCCUGUAGUCAUUAGUUACUAGCUAGGACCCGCUGGUUGAGGCCUUCUAGUUAUCAACUAAUAUUUCCUGGUCAGGUUAACCAACGUUCUUGAUGAAUCAUUGGUCAGAAACAUCAAUGUCUUUCUGAGGUAUUCUGCAUGCGUGUUCUCCAUCCUCAGUCUCUCCCUGUACAGCCAUUUACUUUGUCUGUUGUUCCCCAACCAGUUAUACAGUCCCUACCUCUUUUAGUUCUUUGGCACCCUUUUCCCUUCGUAGUGCACUACUUUUAACCAGGGCCCUUACUACUCAUUAAAUUGAAGUGCACUGUUCAGAGAAUAGGGUGCCAUUUGAGACGUCUCCUUUCUGCUCAGCGAAUCUAUAUGAAGGGCUUCUCUGCUUUGGGAAUCCUACACUCUGUAAAUAGUGUUCUAUGUCCUUAUCUUUGCCACUGCUUUGCUUUCUAUCUCUAUUUUGGUGGGGAUGUCGUGGCGAUGUAUUUAAAGGGAGAAGGAAGGUAGCUCUGGACUCUGAGGAAAGUUUUUUUAUCUUUGGGGUUUCAGUGGAGACUUGCCGUUGUACAUAAGAUGUCGUUGGGUGAGGUCGGGGGUAGUUACUAAACGUCAUGGUGAUAUUUAGCAUCAGGGCUGUCAGGUCAGAACACUCCUCCCCUCUCUGUCCUCGUUGGCUCGUCUGCAGCUCGCUGUGCCUCUUUACCUUUAGUCUGUUUGCAUGUGCCUGUGUGUGUGUGUGUGUGUGUGUGUGUGUGUGCGCGUGUCCCCCAACCUGAUUUCAAAGAAUGAAAUGGUCCCUUAUUUAUGAUUGCUUUUGACAUGUAUGUUCCCUUGUGUGUCUGUGCGCGUAAACACCUGUUUUAAGGAGUGGCUUUUGACUGACCUGUACAGGUAUCUAAGCAAUAUGGAGGACAGGUGUUGAUGUCCAUGCUAACCUCUCAACAGUGUUGUUCCUGUCCAGCACGCACCCUGCAAUACCCGAGUAAGCUUUAUAAAAACCCAUUCAUCACACACACUUACUUCCUGUCUUUGUGUCCAAUAGAAAUGUGAAAAUAAGACAGACUGAAUAAGGACGGUCCAUCCUUAGGCAGCCCUGAACACUAAAGUUCACCUACCUGCCCAAACCUGCCUUUCUCGUACCUCGUUUCACCUUCAUCGUUGAAGUGCCACUGAUGGCAGAGUUAACCUUCUCUUAGUCACUACGCGUUUUUCCCAAUUGAAAACACUUGCCCACAUCCUUUUAUUUAUGACAGAAAAUGUACUACAUAUUCAGUUUGAUGCUCUCUACCUUUUUCAGUCCUAUUAGCAAGUCUGUCCAGAAGAACACUUAGCAUGACGCUGUGUUUGUGUAGGUCCUUCUUCUCUUCCCCUAUCUUCUGCUAGCAUAAAAUGGCUCCUUUCAAAGCCUCUGGCUCUCGCAGACAUAUGAAGAGGCCAACAUAGUAUUAGACACAGCGCCCGUUCCUGAUCAUGCGCUGUCCUGCUGUUUCUUCCUUAAGCGGUGGAAUUUGUAAUUAGCUAUAGUGUGAGCUUUACACCGUUAAUGUUCGGUAACUGAAGCACCAGGAGGCGAUCCCGAUUCAUUGGCUGAAACGGAGCGUUUGGAUCCCGGUUUGGAUCCCAGGCUAUCCUAUUGACACGACACGGACGUGAGCCACUGUGAACUCGCGGGGAAACGAGCCCUGUGGUCAAUCAGCUAGCAGACAAGGGAGACCCAGCAUGUCAACCAGUCUCUAGUGACGCCUUUGUACUGACCGCUGCUUUGCCCUGCAUCCAUGCCAGUUGGCACCCCGCCAGACUGUCUUUCACCCCCCAUGUACAUAGAUGUAAAGUAUACAAACAGAAAAGGCAAGCGAGCAAACAAACAGGAAUAAACACUCAGUGUGUUGAUUUAAUUUUUUUUUUUUGUUGUUGUUGGUUGAUUUGGGCCCAGUGCGCCUCUGGUUACCUCAUUGUCGUCGGCCAUCCAUCAUGUAUGUAGCUUCACGGCCCAACCCGGAAGGACUGGCCAAUCACUUAUUUAAUAUGAAUAUAAUACUAUAAAGCUAUGGAGGACGACCCAUAUCUCUCCUUCAAAGUGUCUGGUCUGGUUCUGUUCAGUCGUCAUUUGAGUCCAGACAUCUUUAUUAUGACUUAUCAGCAUCAAGCAGCGUUACCGUUCCAAUUGUCGUUGUUCUCCUAAUUAUUAUUAUUAUUAUUGUUAUUAUAUUGAGUUUGUGUCAGCUGUACAGUAUCGUGUUGAGAAAAUAUACCUAAUACAGAGUCUUCUACUGUAACGUGUCUUUUCAAUAAAGAAAGAAUAAUGCUUCUUAA